CCAGCGGUGCUUCCGGGGUCGGCGGCUGCUGGUCUCUGUGCCGGGGUCCGAGCCCCACGAAGCCCCGACCCGAGCUGCCGGAUGCCUGCGCGCAGCGGGGCCCAGGUCGUGCAGCCUGGGCCCCCACGCUGUGCAGCUCGCACAUAUGUGGGGCAGAGCAGCCACCCUGCCACCAGCAGCAGCCGUCCAUCAGAUGUAAUCAUUUCCUGAGGCCUCGAGUGUGUCGGGGUGUUUGUGCCUUAUAACUACCCACAGGAUGGUCACCCCCUCUUUGCAGAUGAAGAAACCGAAGCAGUUUUCCCGAAGGAUGGGGCAAAAAAAGCAGCGACUAGCCAAAGCAGAGCAGCCACACAGCCCGUCUGACACAGCCCAGGCACCUUGCCCCAAGGAGCCCUGUUUGGGACCACCCACCACCCUGGGCCCAUACCGCAGCAUCUAUUUCUCAAGCCCGAAGGGCCACCUUACCCGACUGGGGUUGGAGUUUUUCGACCAGCCAGCAGUCCCCCUGGCCCGGGCAUUUCUGGGACAGGUCCUAGUCCGGCGACUUCCUAAUGGCACAGAACUCCGAGGCCGCAUCGUGGAGACUGAGGCAUACCUGGGGCCAGAGGAUGAAGCUGCCCACUCAAGGGGUGGCCGGCAGACCCCCCGCAACCGAGGCAUGUUCAUGAAGCCGGGGACACUGUACGUGUACCUCAUUUAUGGCAUGUACUUCUGCAUGAACAUCUCCAGCCAGGGGGACGGGGCUUGCGUCUUGCUGCGAGCACUGGAGCCCCUGGAAGGUCUGGAGACCAUGCGUCAGCUUCGCAGCACCCUCCGGAAAGGCACCGCCAGCCGUGUCCUCAAGGACCGUGAGCUCUGCAGUGGCCCCUCCAAGCUGUGCCAGGCCCUGGCCAUCAACAAGAGCUUUGACCAGAGGGACCUGGCACAGGAUGAAGCUAUAUGGCUGGAGCGUGGUCCCUUGGAGCCCAGUGAGCCAGCUGUAGUGACAGCAGCCCGGGUGGGCGUUGGCUAUGCAGGGGAGUGGGCCCGGAAACCCCUCCGCUUCUACGUCCGGGGCAGCCCCUGGGUCAGUGUGGUCGACAGAGUGGCUGAGCAGGACGCACAGGCCUAAGCAAAGGGCCUGCCCAGACAAUAUUUUUUAAUUGUUUAAAAAACAAAUAAAUGUUUUAUUUCUAGAAAA